UCGAGCAUGUGAUUCAAGUCAGCAGUUACUUCAACACAAGCCACUCAUUCGAAUCUGAUCCCAUCUCAUCGAUCUCAUCUAAUCAUUUAAUAAUCAAUAACUCCAAAUUCUCCUCUUCUUCUUCUUUCUUUCUCUUACCCAUCAUCCAACUCAUAUACAUACUUUCUUUCCACUCCAAACAAAAAAAAAAAAAAUCUUAAUGAGCCAAGUGUAACAAUAUCUCAUAACAUAAUGACGAGCAGUGACACUGGUAGCAGUAACUUGGGCUCGAGGGUGGUCCUGUUCCCCCUGCCGGCGCAGGGCCACAUAAAUCCGAUGUUCCAGCUCGCGAACAUCCUCCACUCCAUCGGCUACGCCAUCUCCAUCGUCUACACUCCACACAACGCCCCGGAUAUCUCCCGUUUCCCUCAUUUCCAUUUUCAGCUCAUUUCCGACUCUAACUCCCAAUCCGAUUACCCGAUUUUUAAACCCCUCGACGUCGUGAGCUCCAUAAAUCAACUCAACGUCCACUACGCCGGCCCCUUCAAGAUCUGCCUUGCGCGAAUAUUGUCUGACCAUGAAAGCUUCGGUACCGUGCGCUGCAUUGUUGCCGAUGCCAUUUGGCAUUUCACGCAGGCUGUCGCCGAUGAGCUCAACAUCCCGCGGAUCGUGCUCAGGACCAGCAGUGUUUGCUCGUUCUUGGCCUUCACGGCUCUCCCGCUCUUUCGGAAAAUUGGAUAUCUUGCAAACUUGGAAGCAAGAGCAGAAGAAGCAGUCCAGGAGUUCCCGCCGAUCAAAGUUAAGGACAUCCCGACGAUCGGCGACGGCGACCAAGACAGCACAAUCGAACUCAUAUCCACAGUAGUCACAGAAACAAAAAAAAGCUCCGGCCUAAUCUUCAAUACCUUCCAAGAACUCGAACCGCCGGACCUAAACGAACUCCGCCGCCAAUUCCGCAUGCCGGUCUUCGCCGUCGGACCGUUCCACAAGCGCUUCUCCGCCGCGGAAACCAGCUUGCGCAAACAAGACAGAAGCUCCAUAGAUUGGCUCGACACGCAGGCGCCACAAUCCGUGCUCUACGUUAGCUUCGGCAGCGUCGCGACAAUGGAUAAAACCGCAUUUCUCGAAGCCGCCUGGGGACUGGCCAACAGCGGUCAGCCGUUUCUGUGGGUUGUCCGGCCGGGAUCAAUAAAUGGCGCGGUGGCAGCGCCGGGAUCGGAGAUGCUUCCAGGUGAGUGGGCGGAGGAAGUUAGCCAACGGAGCUGCGUGGUGGAGUGGGCGCCGCAGCAGGAAGUGCUGGCGCAUCCGUCGGUCGGGGGAUUUUGGACGCACAGCGGAUGGAAUUCGACGUUGGAGAGCAUCUGCGAAGGGGUGCCGAUGAUGUGCGCGCCGUGCUUCGGGGAUCAAAUGGUGAACGCUAGGUGGGUUAGCGACGUAUGGCGGAUCGGGAUCAAUUUGGAGAGAGUGUUCGCGAGAAGGGACGUCGAAGAGGGUGUUCGAUGAUUGAUGACGAUGGCGGAGGGGGCGGAGAUGCGGCGGAGAGUGGCGGCUUUGAAGGAGACGGCGGCGGCGUGCUUGGGUUCCGGUGGGUCUUCUUAUGAGGCACUUGAGGGUUUAAGUAAGUUUAUUAUGGAAUUGGGUUGUUAAGAAUUCAAAAUAAUGGACAAUUGACGAUUUUACUCUCGUUCUGUUUGCCGUUGUGAUAAGUCAUUUUAUCUUUGGGAGCGAUACAAGUGAAGUAGAGCACUAUGGCUCGUAGAUUGUUUUGUGGGAAGAUGGCUCUUCGUCUCGGCUUGUUUUCUUCCCCCUUAACAUAUUUGUUGUUGAUCUCCUUGUUGACGAGGAUGUCUUUCCAUCAAAACCCGAGUUGUUUGACUUGCCCACAACCGUUUCCGACGCCACUACUUCUACCGCCGCUCCCUUUUCUAGCAUCAACGGAUGCAUGUUGAUCCUAUCAGUGAUCUUCAGACUAAUGCUAGAGAAGAUG